AGGCAACGGCGCGGAUGGGCACCUGCGCCGGGGCGGCAGGGCCUGGCGGGACAUGGUGGGCCUGAAGCGGCUGUUAAGGGCCCAGGAGGCUGGGGCUUUCCGCGUAGCGCUUCCUCUUUAGUCCCCGCUUCUCCUACCUCGCUCCGCAUGGCAUGGGGGUGGGUACUGGGAGUCGUGGCGGGCUGCUCGGCUGGAGGUGCAUCUCGAACUAGUGGUGCGCGCCCGGUCUUGAAGAUGGGCCGCGGUGGAAGUCUCGGCAUCUAAGUUUUCAUUCAGUGGCAUUCCUGUCAGGACAAACGACUGUAUUGCCUCUACUCCCACGGGACUGUUGCUUCUGGUACUUAUCACUCUAUUCCCAAACAGGGGGAGUUAUUCUUCAGGGAACCGUAGAAUGGUAGGGUUUGGAAGGGACCUCGAGAUCAUCUGGUCCAGUCCUCUGCUAAAGCAGGUUCACCUCCAUCAGGCCCCACAGGAACACUUCCAGGCAGGUUUUGAGAACCUCCAGAAGAGACUUUACAACCUCCCUGGGCAGCCUGUGCCAGGGCUUCUUCACAGGAAAUAUAUUUUUCUGUGUGUUUAAGUGGAACUCUUUUAUGUUCCAGCAUUUGUCAGUUACCCUCUGUGCUGUCACUGGACACUACAGAAAAAAAGUGUUGCCCUGUCCUCUUGACAUCCACCCUUGGGGUACUUACAAGUGUUGAAUGAGUGCUAUAUGUGCUGGUUCAUCUCAGUGUCUAAACUUUCACUUUUUAUGCUAAGCACAAGUGAAUUGUCACCAGUGUCAGUGACAAGUACUGUUACCUGUUGACGUUACUGGAACAGACACUUGCACUCAUUGUAGAAAUACUUCUUUCAUGGCUGUUCUAGCACCAUGUGGGGACCUGCAGUACCUGAUGUGAGGUAGCUCCCAUUCUGCUCAGUGCAGGAGUGUUUGUCUCCAUUUUAUUGAUAGAAGCUUAGGAGCUAGCUUUAAUGCCAAAGGGAAACUUCUGACAAAUGAGAGCUUGCUUCCAGGGGUGAGCUAUGGCUAGCGUGGGUUUGCAUAGGCUUCUCCUUAGUGGUACAGAAUACACAGCUUUAAUGCAUGGGCUCAUUUAGGUAAGUGGAAAGGUGUGGCACAGCACAGCAAGGCAAUGAACAUGGUGCAAACAGCAUGGGAAAGCAAGGGCAGACAGACCACUGCCUAUUAGAAAAGCUUUACAGAGUCUUCUGUUACCCUGUAUGUCUCUUGAGAAAAAUAAAAUCCUUAUGUAGUGAUUUUCUAGUAAAGAAAGUUAAGUGCUACCCUUUUGCCCCAGGUGAGCAACUGAUUUUUUAACUGAUGACACCAAGACAUACAUGUGUUUCUACAGAUACUGUGCAAUACAGCUGUGCCUGUAAGUUCAUUGAGUCUGUUUUGAUAAGCAGCCUGUUCAUAUGUCUUUUUGUUCUCUCCUGGCAGUUACAGAUGUGAUAGCUUACAAUCAAACCUUAUUCCACCCAGGCCCAAAUUGCUGCAUAUGACACCACCUGAUAGAAGCCCACAAAUUUCUAUUGCAAAUCAGAUGGGCUGGGUAGGACAAAGACUAGGUCUCUUCCAGCCGAAACAAUUGUAUGAUUGAUUCUUUGUGGAGUGAGUAGAACAAAGGACAACUUGGGGCCUCUGAAGAAACGGAACAAGUGGCAUGGUUGAUGAAUUUUUCUGGUAGUCACGCUUUCAGGAGAGCCACGUGGUACUUCCUCUCUCCUACCUCCUGCAUGCUCAUGCAUCCUCUCUGCACCAGGAAAGGCGAGGAAGCACCUAAAGUGACUGCAUCUAUUAUGUACAUUCAGGGGACGAUACACCUGUUCCGCAAAUCACAGAGGUCAUUGGUUGGAAAGUUAACGUAUGAGUUUAGGCUUGUUGCAGCAGACAGGAGGUCCUGGAAGAUCUUGCUGUUUGGUGCUAUAAAUUUAGUAUGUAUUGGCUUCCUGCUAAUGUGGUGCAGCUCUACAAACAGCAUAGCUUUAACUGCUUACACAUAUUUGACAAUCUUUGACCUUUUCAGUUUGGUAACAUGUCUAAUAAGCUACUGGGUAAUGAUGAAGAAAACCAGCCCAGUCUAUUCCUUUGGGUUUGAAAGGUUUGAAGUUCUAGCUGUAUUUGCAUCUACAGUUCUGGCACAGCUCGGUGCUCUUUUUAUACUGAAAGAAAGUGCAGAGCGGUUUCUGGAACAACCUGAGAUACACACGGGUCGACUGCUGGUUGGUACUUUUGUGGCUCUCUUUUUCAACUUAUUUACAAUGCUUUCCAUUAGGAAUAAGCCUUUUGCUUAUGUCUCUGAAGCUGCCAGCACAAGUUGGCUUCAGGAACAUGUAGCAGAUCUUAGUAGAAGUAUUUGUGGAAUCAUCCCAGGAUUGAGUAGCAUCUUUCUGCCAAGAAUGAACCCUUUUGUCUUGAUUGAUAUUGCAGGAGCUCUAGCUCUUUGCAUUACAUAUAUGCUCAUAGAAAUCAACAAUUAUUUUGCUAUAGACACAGCCUCUGCUAUAGCAAUUGCUCUGAUGACAUUUGGUACCAUGUAUCCCAUGAGUGUCUACAGCGGGAAAGUACUACUCCAGACAACCCCACCUCAUGUGAUUGGCCAGUUAGAUAAACUUCUUAGAGAGGUUUCAACUUUGGAUGGGGUCUUGGAAGUUCGAAAUGAGCAUUUCUGGACAUUAGGUUUUGGCACUUUGGCUGGAUCAGUACAUGUUCGAAUCCGGAGAGAUGCAAAUGAACAAAUGGUACUUGCCCAUGUCACUAACAGAUUAUACACAUUGGUCUCUACCUUGACUGUUCAGAUUUUCAAAGAUGACUGGAUCAGACCUACCUUAUCAUCUGUGCCUAUUGCCAACAAUAUUCUGAACCUUUCAGAUCAUCACGUUAUACCAAUGCCACCUUUGAAAGCUGCAGAUAAUUUGAACCCUGUUACAUCCACUCCAGCUAAGCCCAGCAGCCCACCACCAGAAUUUUCUUUUAAUACACCUGGCAAAAACGUGAGCCCAGUCAUCCUUUUAAACACUCAGACAAGGCCCUAUGGAUUGGGCUUUAAUCACGGAUCCACACCCUACGGCAAUGUACUCAGUCAAGGAUUUGGAAUACCGGGAAUGGGAGCAACUCAAGGAUUCAGAACUGGUUUUACACAUGUCCCGAGCAGAUACGGAACAAAUGCUCAUGGUCAGCCCCGACCAUAAUAAACACCAUUAUUUAUUGUACUUAAGGGUAUUGACUUAGUUCCUUUAUUACCCAAUUUUUAUAAGCAUUUGGAAUGUCAGAUCAUUCCAAAUGGCUGGGAACAAGUGCAUUGUUCAUGUUCAUGAAAUGGUUAAAAUUGCAGGUUUUUUUUCUUUGUAUCAGCAGUAGCCUGUGUAACACCACAAAUAUUUUCCAGAAUUAUAAUACAGGUAGUUUUUGUAGAGUGUCUAUUUCUAUUCAGCAUUGUAUUCACUUUUAUUUUUCCAAGAAGGUAUUGAGAUAUAGCACAACUAUAAAAUUGUCACCAGAUAGCACUUUUUUUUCUAAUGGGAAUCACUUGCUGAAUGCUGAGCAGCUGAGAGAACAGGAAACUGUAGAAAUACAAGUCCCAGUUUUUAGAGAUGUUCUGAUUGCUGUAUUAAGCCAUCCUUUGGCAAAGUCACAGUUAGUUUUUUGAUGCAAAAAUCCAUCAAUGUUCAUGUUGUGGUCAUUGUGAAAACAAUCUGGCAUUUGAGAUUCUAAUCAAUUUGGGAAGGUUGUGUUUUUACAUUUUUAUGGAUGCUUUUCUAGAAACUCAUAUGGUUCAGCAACCAUUUUCUAGUUGCAAGGAUUACCUGGUAUUUCUUCCUUUUUGAUUUAACUGCAGAAGUAUUUAGCAAUAUACUGGGAAAUAAAGUAUUUCAAGCUUAAGAUUUUACAAGCACCUCUUUUUUAUGAUUAACCCUAUUUAAGAUACAGAGCAGAUGGCUGCAUUAUUUCUGAAGCCAGUAUUUCAGUUUUGACUACAAAAAGUAUUUUCUUGAUUCCAUUGUGACUUUGUAUUUUUCCUCUUUGUAUUUUCUCUGUAGUUUCAGGAAAAAAAAAAUCUGUUAAUCUUUCUGGUUUAUAUCCAGAGUACAGGUCAGUGAUUGCUGACUGUUCUUAGUCAUUGCUACAGUGCUUGACUGGCUCACCUAGAACACAACUGCCUAACUUGUCUCUUUUGCAUUAUCGUUCUACCGUACAUCUAGAAGGCCGUAUUUCUACAGAGCCUUUCUCAGAAUGCUCUUCUGUCUGACUGCUGUCUUUUUCUUCACUGCUUGGAUAACAGGGAAAGGCGCUUUUUUUUUCUCCUGUGCUAUAUGUCUCUGAAUUCCCUCUCUCAUAGCUCUUCUGCUGUCUGUUCUGCAUCUCUUGGGUUGUUGAGGAAUGCGUUGCCCAUUCCUGUUGUCUCACUUGCAACUCAGGGUGCUAUAUAUUGGCUUCCACCUUGUUAGCCUGUAUAUAAAGUCAGUCUCUCCAUUUGUCCAAGGUGGUUAUAGGGAGCUGUGGUAUCUCAGGGACUCCAAAGAUGAUAUCCUACCUGAAGAUAACAGGUUUGAUAGAGAAAUCUUUCUCUUGUAGGACUGAGAAAACAGCCUUCAUUUGAAUUGUAAAGGUCAGCAGUCUCUUUGCACUGGCUGACAAUUUCUUUUCCUAUGUUUUUUUUCUUUUCUUUUUACUUUGCUGUGUUUCUCCCUUGAAUGCAUGGAGGAGGUUGUCACUCUUGCAAACAAAUCAAGGUGACAUUCUGCAUAAUGGUAUCUUGCUGGGGUGUUUUAGGCUGAGGGUAGAGUCCAGACUGCCACUGGCAUAUAGUCCAUGUAAGCUAUAAGUAGGGAAUCUAGUUCUGUACUUCAUUUGCAGCAAGAGUAACAGUUAUCAUUGCUGUGUUAGAAAAUGCAAUGACCUGGAAAACUUGCAUUUGAAGAUUACAGCAAACUUAACCAUUGGCUGUGUUUCUAUGAGUUCAGUAUUAGCUCAGUAAUCACUUUUGUUUCAUUUCUGUUAUCUUCAUGUGUGGUCUAUUACAUGUGCCAUUGCAUGGAAAUUCAGUGAAGUACAAAACACUUGAACAGAUUCCCUGUACCUCUUUGGUGCUGAACUAGACUGCACUCUCUACAGGGUCUGCAACACCUUAGAGCCAACAGGAUGUUUACAAUAUACUACUCUCCUGUGGCCUACUGGGGAAUUGUUUCUUACUCAGUUUCAUAACCAAACACUUACCCCUUUUUCUGACAUUUUAAAUACAUUGUAUUAUAUUUCUUGCAUGCCUGCUUGUUUUUAGUAGAAAAUUAAAGCUCCAUUUUAUUAAAAAAUGAAACUGAUCUUUGAUUGAGAAUCCCAGAAUUCUGAGUGCAAUAUAAUCACUUGAAUGAAAUUAUUUUUUUGAGUGAUUGUUUACAAUAUAUAUCAUAUGUGCAGAUGAUA